AUGGCGGGCUCAGAGCCGCUGCCCGCGCUCCCGUCCCUGGGCACCGCCGCCCGCCAGCCACUCCGCAAACUUUCCGCCGCCUCAGCCCGCCUCCGAGCGGUCGGGGGAGCCCCGAGCACGGCCCGGCCCGCCCCGCCCCGUCGCAGCCCCCUCCCCCUGCCAUGUGACGGCCGCACCCCCCGAUCGCCCCGGCGGGCCGGGGCCGGGGUUGCGGGUGUGGGGUGCCGGGUAGGGGUGCGGGUGGGCUGUGGUCGUCCACCGGCUGCUGCCAGGCCGCUGCAGCAUCCCGGGCCCGCUGGCGGGCUCGGGCGGCAGCCGGCGGGUGGCCUCUCAGCACAGCGGGCGUGUGUGUGGGCCCUUGCUCCCUUCGCUGGCCUCACUAGAGGCGGGCAGAAGCACCGGGCUGCCGUGAGCAUCGGGCACUGCGUGCCCUCGGCGUCACUCGCUGGGCGCGGGCCGAGCCACGAAGACAAGGGCAUGGAGGCCCUGCCCGUGCGGGAUUCCCCUUCACCGUCGCACUGGUUUAGCAUGGAUUGGGGCAAUCCAGAAGCUGUUCUGGAGGCCACAACGGCUUCCCAGCCAAGCCUGGGGUCACUGGCAUGUAAAAGGAUCCCAGUUCCAGAGGUUCAGGGAAGUGGGCAGGGCGUACAGAUUCCACAUCUCUGAGGUAAUCUGUGUAAUUUAAGUAAAUACCUAUUGUUUAAGUUCCAUAUGUAAGCCCGGGCCUUGCAAUGGAUUCAAUUACUGUAGG